UACUCGAAGGGCGAGUGUGACAGAAAACAACACUGGCUUCAAGUCUAAUGCGAAAGUCUCAGUCUCCACCUUCAAUCUGUAAAGCAAUAGAGAGGACUACGAAACCCAAACCAUGGUGGUCACCAUUGAUCAAUUUGCGGGGAGCGGUAGGUCUCUGCUUUGUUCAUGGCGAAAUAUGCUAGCUAUCGUUCACGCGGUUCUGAUAUUUCUGUCCCUCUGGUAUUGUAAGCUGGUGUAUUGGAACGCUUCCGAAGUUUGUUAUGUCGAUCCGUGCUACGAGGGCCCUGGCCUGGARGAACUGUGGAAGGUCAACAAGGGUGUUUCCUUUACGGGAGCUUCCUCCGGAAUCUUUGCUCUAGCGCAUGCCGUGCUAGGUUACGUUUUAUUUGCAAGGAUAAGUUCAGAGGAAUCGUCUUCUUUGCUAGAGCACGCCCAUUUUGUGGUCGGGAUUUUUGCCGGUGCUACCCUUUGUGCUUCGCUCUUGUCGCUCAAUAUGGUCUACGUUUGGGGUGCCGAAACGAAUCUCAUGAUCAAUCUUUCGAAACUGAAGGAAUCCAACUCCAUCUUCGAGGAAAGCGACCGCCAUAUGCUGGUGGUACACUCAUUGAUCGGGACUUUUUUGAGACUAUCGACGCUAAGUUCGGCUCUCUGCUUUUUCCAAUUGGUGGUCCUGGUGCAGCUGUUGUCCGCUCGGAAGGAAUUCACACGUUAUUUUCGUCUACUUGCAACUGGAGAAUUUGAUCGCAGCAGYGAGACGAUACCCCUGCGGUCCAUGAGCACAACGCCAACAGAUGGUACUAGAUCUUUUUCCGACCAAUCCAAUUCUCAAUCAACGCUGAUGGUUUGACAGUAACGAACAAGGAAGCAAAACAGCAGGCUCUUUUUCCAAUAUGUUAGACCGUAGGGAAGUKGCAGAACAAUUUUGACUCUUACAUACUCUGUAUGUGGACGGGACUCUAAUUCCGAACGAUGAUGUGCACGUAACAGCAGAGGGGGGAAUGGCUCCUUUUAUGCUGGUGGUGGUGCAACUGAGACACAAGAACACUGAGUCCUCCAGGACCAUGUAGGACUUUUUAAUGAAAUCAUGGCCCAAAAGUUUGUGUGUUAUUUGUGCUAUAUUAUUCUUGGAUUGUUUGAUGGGUUAUUCACCCAUUCUUUCAUACCAUGAUGUUCUUCCAUUGGUUUUCUGUGUAUUGAGAACCCAGGAAUUCCACCUACCGUACAUACCUUCAAAACAUGGGUUAUUUCGUCGAAAAAAUAACCGACGCAAUG